CACUACCGCACCUGCGCAGUCAUCCUUAAACCUUUACCAAGCAGCGAACACAGAAAGGCAGGAGAGAAAGAGGAAAAUAUAGCAUUAGACGUGACUGGAGUUGAAAUAUGUGUGCUUAAAAGAAAGAUAUUUGAAACAAUUAAGGUAGGAUACACAGAGGUCGGCAGUACAGACGGUUAUAAAUCUUCUAAGUGCCUCAGAAUCGAGCCUACCGUCCAGUCAUCUGUUCGGUUUGUCGUAGAGGGAAGGAAGAGUGUUCGCCCAAAGAGACGCAGCGCAAGUGAAACCAUGAAUCCCGAGUAUGACUAUCUGUUCAAGCUGCUCCUCAUCGGAGACUCUGGAGUGGGAAAAUCCUGUCUUCUUCUGCGCUUCGCUGAUGACACCUACACAGAGAGCUACAUCAGCACCAUCGGAGUGGACUUUAAGAUCCGCACCAUCGAGCUAGACAGCAAGACGAUUAAACUGCAGAUUUGGGACACUGCAGGUCAGGAGAGGUUUCGAACCAUCACCUCUAGUUACUACCGUGGAGCCCAUGGCAUCAUCGUGGUGUAUGACGUGACUGACCAGGAGUCUUAUAACAACAUCAAGCAGUGGCUGCAGGAAAUCGACCGCUAUGCCAGUGAAAAUGUGAACAAGCUUCUGGUGGGCAACAAGUGUGACCUCACCACUAAGAAAGUGGUGGACUACACAACAGCCAAGGAGUUUGCCGACUCUCUGGCCAUCCCCUUCCUGGAGACGAGUGCCAAGAACGCCACCAACGUAGAGCAGGCUUUCAUGACCAUGGCAGCUGAGAUCAAGAAGCGCAUGGGGCCAGGGGCCACGGCCAGCGGCGACAAGCCCAACCUAAAGAUUGAGAGCACCCCAGUGAGGCAGUCUGGAGGUGGCUGCUGUUAAGGGACCCAUGCCUUCGCACCCCUAAACCCCACAUCUCUUGUGAAUCCCUCUUUCAUGUUCGUUCUUCCCUUUCCCUCGCCUUCACCAUUUCAUCACUUUAACCCCCCUGACCCCUUCCACUCCCUCCCCAGCCUGCCUUCUUAGCCCCGCCUUCCGUUUAGCACCCUUGGGCAUCAGAGAGGGUUGAAAGGUCAGGUAAUGACCCCUCUGGGUGCUGAUCUGAUGGAAGCACGGUGGAAGGUUCCAGAGGCAGUGACGCGUUCUGCUCAGAGGACAGAGGAUUGUUACAGGGAAGGCUGGUUCACUGAGAGACUUCACCUGUUCCUGCUCACACACUAUUGUCCAGUUAGAGUUAAAAAGACUGAAGUCAAGUUUCUUCGCCCCCCUCACCUUUAUCCCCACCCGGUUCGGUCCUGGGAGGAUUUCCCCUUCUGCUGUUGCUCUCAGACUGUAAUCAUCACACAAGUUCCCCGUUAAGGCUCCAGAUGGCGCUCUCUCAGGCAGCUUCUUCCAUCCGUCCGCUUCGUUAGCUUCCUUGUAGCCUGCCGUACAAACAUUCAUUUCCAACAUUUGGGGCCUUAAAUGUUUGCUGACAUCUCAACUCAUGUCUUAGCUACAUGCUAACAUCCCCCCUCUGUCUGUGUACUGACAGAGGAGUACACACACAGAUCCAGGUGGUCCACCUGGAGAGUAGGAGUCAGCUGGGGUAAAACCCUGACCUUCAGUGUUCAGAGCACACCUCUCAACUGGGCCUGGGUGGAUAAGGAUGGUGCCAUCCACCCUCAUCCGCCCAGGCCCUGUGGAGACUGGAAUCUAUGGCAUUAGCUUUCCCUUGAUGACUGAACAUCGAGUCACUAAGUGUUUCUGUCAGCAGGUGGCGUUAUUCCUUACAGAUUAUAGCAUUAGAAGAAGGGGAAGCCUUUCAUCAGCUUCAUUAUUGUUGAGGUUUUAUUGAUAUCGGCCCAGUAAGAUUUCUGGAUAACAUGUGAAGCUACAGAUGUGUCUGCGAUGCUGUUGCUGAGAUGACCUCUCCAACUCAGUUGUUUGGGUCACAGCUGUUGAACCCAUAGUCCCUCGUCAAAUGACCUGUGAUCGUUUUGAGUAAACAGCAUCAUAACUAUUCACGCUCAUUCACAGUUCAGUCAUGUUGGGCAGUCAGACCUUCCUAUUUAACUUCCAGCUGCCCACCUUUUGCUGGUUAAUAUUAGGUGUGUCACACUUUUAUCUAAUCUUGUUAGAUGAUGAUAAUUAUCUGGAGGUGAUCCAGUUGGGGUCAGAAGUUUUUUCAGUCUGUUGUAGGAAGGUUUGACAGCAAGGCCUGAGAACCUGGGAGGAGUCUGAAUGGACCGGAGGACAUUCCAACUGGACUCACCAGUUCUCACUCUCAUGUUAAUAUUGUAGCAUCAGAGGGUUAGGAGUCUGUUUCCAAGCCCAGAGCUCUGAGCGAUGUUAGAACUGAUAGCCAUGUCUUAGUGGACUUUAGGGGAACCAGAAGGGGGGGAACCAACGUCCCUCUGCAAUAAGUGAACUGUCUUCUAGCAGCACUGAGUCUCCUGCUGUAAACUAGAACUGGAAGUUUUCUGCCGUCGUCCUCCAGAGCUCCUAUCUCCUUCUCUUAGUGGUUGUGAUGCUGUUCGCUUCAUCCUUGGCAACUUCCUCUGGAGUUUCAGGGACUGACUGGUCUUGGCUUGCUGACCGGAUAUGAACUCCCUGAUUUUCCCUUCCCUUCCGUCCCACAGCUGGCGCUCCCCAGAAACACCUGGACGUAUUAGACCCCUAGUGGUCAAAGGCACCAACUGACCUGGUUCAGCGCUGUUGCUGGCCGCCUGUCAUCACUCUGGGGUGGGGUUUCUGUCAGGUUGAAUCUGAUGUUGAAUAAAGCUUGAGCAGUCGGUGGGUACCCCUCCCCGUCACAGCAUCACACCGUUCUCACCUGUAGAUGCACAACUAGAAAUCAUGAAUAAAACUUUGUCUGACUCUCACACAUGUAAGUUUGGGCUUUGAUUACAUGUCUUUAUAUUUUCAGCCAGUCUUUGUAUUCUAGGCUGCUGGUUUUGGUGUAUUCAUUGAAUCCUAUACUGUUUACUGAAUGGAGGUAGGGGGUGGGGGUGCUGAUCAGGUGGGGUUUAAUAGAAAGGGUGGGGGGUUUGCUCAUGAAUGUGGUCUGCAUUUACUUUUUUUUUUACUUUUCACUUUGGAUUGUUUUGGUUAAGGGGGUAUUCUGUGUCGUUUGCACAAUUCUUUAUUGCUUUUUAAUAGUUAAAUGCAGCAAAGGCACUCAUUAGACGGUGUUGGUUAAAAAACACCAGGUAAUAGCUGUUGUCACUUUUUUGUCUUGUUUGGCUUGUCCCCUUUGGUUUUGUCUUACUGCAGAGUUUGAUCAUGUUUCUUUCUGUACAUAUUAAAAAGAUGUAUGUAAUAAAAUUCUGAAAAACAA